AAAACUGUAGGAGCAGUCAAAACCGUGCUUCUAGACCGGAACCCUGGCCCCUUGGGGUGAAAAGGUACAUUUACCUGUUGGAAGUGUUCAAAAUAUAAGUUACAUUUCGGGUUAUAGUGGAGGGAAACGUUGGAUUAACGUUGUACUAAAACAGCGCCGCCAUGGAAAGCGGUGGCAGAGGGAACGUGUGCGACUACAGCCACAACGUCACCUUCUUCUACGAGUACGUAGGUAAGGACAUCAGCAGAGACUGGCGUGUCAGGGACUGUGUGGUAGUGGUCCUGGGCCUGACCAUCUGCCUCAUCAUGAUCCUGUCCAACAUAAUGGUGAUGGCAGCCAUCUUGAUCAACCGACGCUUCCACUUCCCCAUCUACUUCCUGCUAGCCAACAUGGCCGCCGCGGACCUGUUCGCCGGCUUGGCCUACACCAACCUCGUGCUCAACACAGGGCCCUGGACCAUCAGGCUGUCCAAGCAGCAAUGGUUCAUUAGGAAUGCUCUGGUGGACAUGAGCCUGACGGCGUCUGUGGCCAACCUGCUGGCUGUGGCGGUGGAGCGUCACCAGACCAUAAUUACCAUGCAGCUGCACAGCAAGAUGACCAACCGGCGUGUGGUGCUGCUGAUUGUGUGUAUCUGGGCAGUGGCUAUCAUCAUGGGGCUGGUGCCCUCCAUGGGGUGGAACUGUGAGUGCCAGCUUAGUGACUGCUCAAUCAUUGCCCCGCUCUACAGCCGCAGGUAUAUGAUCUUCUGGGCAUCUCUCAACCUGCUCACCUUUUCUGUCAUGGUGGCUGUGUACGCACGCAUCUAUGUCUAUGUGAGACGUAAGGGUAAACGGAUGUCUCAGCACACCUCCCACCAUCUGAGGCACAACGAGACUGUCGUCAACCUCAUGAAGACUAUCUCUAUUGUACUGGGUGUGUUUGUCAUCUGUUGGACGCCGGGCCUGAUGACUCUGUUGCUGGAUGGGAUCAUGGGUAAAGACAGCCAUGCCUUGACCUAUGAGAAGUACUGUCUGAUCCUGGCUGAGUGUAACUCCCUGGUUAACCCUAUUAUCUACUCCUUCCGGGACGAGGAGAUGAGGAGGACCUUUAAGUGUAUCCUGUGCUGCCUGUGUAGGAGGAGCUCUGACCACAAGGGAGAGCAGUCACCCAUGGAGUUCAACACACUGCAACCAGAGGUAGAUAAUGGUUGUGAAGUAAAAUCAGAGGAUAAAGCCAACUUCACUGCCCUCCAGCUGAUAAAGACAGAGUGGGGACAAGCCUCUUCACCCUGACAGCUGGAUUAAAUCAGGAGUCAUAUAGACACCAUGGACAUAAGAUCUACAGCCACUCAUGAACUUGCUGAAGCGGUACAGAUUGCACAAUAGAAAUGUACAGGUAAUUUCAGACUGACAUUGCCUUUAAAUUUAAAUGACACUUAAGCUGAACUUCCACGAUACAGAUUGAAUAAAGCCCUUAGUGGGGUUGAAACAGGACAAUGGACAAGCACUGGACAAUAUGGUUAUUUAUGACACCAUACUUACUUUCAUGUGUACAUUGUUGGAUGCUUGUUUAUACGUGUACAGUAGGUUUUGUUUAUCUAGAUGUUACACUAGCUAACACUGGGAUAUUUAGGGAAAGACUACCUCCAUGUGCCAUAAGUCAAUUCUGUGAUGCAUAAAGAGCCAUUAUAAAAUACUAGCAUGGGGAUAUAGGGACGCCUGGAAUUUAAACUAUCACGCUUUUACUAUUUACUUAAAAUGAAACUAUAGUUAAACUGCGUGAUAUUCGAUCAUGCGUGCGUACAGGUGGUCCCGGGAAUCAAACCCACAAUCCUGGCAUUACAAGCAGCUCUACCUUUACCAAUUUACGUUCUCCUGCAGGUCUUGUAGGCGGUUACAGGCUAUUAUACUUUGGGCUUAAUUUGAGUGUUGAAUACAUACAUUGCCAGAAUACAGAAUUAGGUAAAAUACCAUCAAAUGGUGUCUGUAUUUUAUUUGUUUAAAUGUCACAAGAGCAUAGAUGUAGUGACUAAUCAUAAAAAUAAAACAACCAAUAAAUAAUGAAAAGCACAAUUUUAUUAGUUUUUUUCUUCUAAUAAGGAACACUACAACUUGUCAUUAUUUUUACUCGUUCUAGAACAAUUCUAAAGUUGAGGUAUAAAAGGAAUUCAUACAGACUCACAGGUCUGGAAACAGUGGGGUUUUAUAUACAAGAGAAACUGAGACAGAGGUAGAGAGAGACGAGAGGGGGUAUUUAAAAUACAGGGGGACGAGGGAGCGAUAUACAAAGAUACUAACAAAAGUGACACAUUAAAGGGUUUAACGUAUCGUUUGAUUUGGUGCUGUGGAAUUCUAUGGCCGCAGGUAGAAUCUUAAAAUAUUAUAAUUCUAUGGUAGAAUCAAUCCUACAGUAGGUUGACUCAGUAUUGGCUCAACCUGUAUAGGAGUAGACUGCAGGAUUUGGGGUUGGUAGCACCAUCCUUGCAUUGAACUGUACCGUUACUACAAAAUACUGGGAGAAUUCAAAUUCACCAACGAUAGGUAACCAUAUUAAUGACGUCAAUCCAGACAAAAUGGCUGAAAUUGAAUGGAUAAGGGAAAUCAAGCGAUUUCUAAAAUGUGCGAGAAAUACGUUUUUCCCCCUGCUGUUGCGGUAAGGGCUGAUUAUAUGCUAGCAAGAUGGCCAACAAUGGCUCUAGCAUUAAUUCAGGGAUUAUUGCUAGACUGCGGUUUCACAAAUUCUAAUUGGAAUUCACACAGCACCAAACAAAACUACAAUAACCAUAACCCCCACACUGCAACCCCAAUUAACAAAUUAAAAUAUGCAAAUAAUCAUUCAACUAACAAAUGAACUUGACCCCAACCUCAGGAGAACACUAAAGACCAAACAACCAGGCAACUCACCCAAAAGGAAAAGCAAAAAUAAAGCAGAGGGUUUAUAAAAAGAGAAAAA